GAGUCCGGGAGAAGCGGACGAGGAGGACGACAAGGCGAGGAGGAGCCGCGCCGCGCCCAGCGCCCGGCUCCCGGCUCCCGGCUCCGCGCGGCGGGCUGCCCCCGCUCCCGGUAUCGCGGAUCCAGAUUUUUGAAAGCGGCUUAAAUCUAAUUGGCUCCCCCAGGAUCUCAGCUCCCGUUACAUUGGUGCAUUCCUGUUUUUGAGAGGCAUCUGGAGAGACUGAACGGCCACUGCUAGUUGGCAUACAGGGUCCUUUGCAGCCAGCAUGAUAUCAUAUCUAUAAGACAUGGAGGAGAGAGAGCUCACCAUGCUCAGGGUUUAGGGCAUGCUGUGGGUAGCGACAGGCGUUCCAGCCGGCAGCCCGCCCCACCUGUGACCUGUGGCCUCUUCUGGGAACUGUCCUCAGGAGCUGACCGUGUCCAGUGUUUCCCAGGUUCCUCGCACCAAGAAGCACCUGGCAUGUCAAAGCCACACUGUCUUCCAUGGGACUCCCUUUGUGAACAGCUUCCAUUUAAAAGACUUUUGUGAGUGCAUUAUUUCAACCAAGUCCUCAGAGAACAUAUUUGUCUUCUGAUCCUCCGGAGGUCUUAAGGAAGCUACUAGAGAAUGUGCUCUACAAAAAUGAGGAUGUAAACCAAGAAAGAGGAAACCAUGGGAUCCAGGAAACGGGGGACCCAACACAGGCGAGAGGCGCAGGGAUUUCGCAAGAUGGUGUUAAAAAGAAGCCCCAGGACAACAGAAUCCGAUGACCUCCGUGGGGAACCUGCACUCAGCCAUCAGAGCGCACCUGCCCCCAAGGAUGCUCAUAGUUCAGUCGUAGAUGCAGGUGGCGUGGAAAGCAUCAGCCGGUGUCCCCAGCAGCUUCCUCAGAUGAUGGCUGCAGCAGCUGAUGGUUUGGGGAGUAUAGCGAUAGACACAACCCAGCUCAACAUGUCCGUGACCGAUCCCACAGCCUGGGCCACCGCCAUGAAUAACUUGGGCAUGGUUCCCGUGGGGUUGCCUGGACAGCAGCUUGUGUCUGACUCAAUCUGUGUUCCAGGCUUUGAUCCAGGCCUCAACAUGAUGACUGGGAUCACCCCCAUUAACCCGAUGAUUCCAGGCCUGGGGCUGGUACCACCGCCACCACCAACAGAAGUGGCUGUCGUCAAAGAAAUAAUCCACUGCAAAAGUUGUACUCUUUUCCCUCAAAAUCCAAAUCUUCCACCUCCUUCCACAAGAGAACGACCUCCUGGGUGUAAGACCGUGUUUGUCGGGGGAUUACCAGAAAACGCUACUGAGGAAAUUAUUCAAGAAGUCUUUGAGCAGUGCGGUGAUAUUACAGCGAUUCGGAAAAGCAAGAAGAAUUUCUGUCACAUUCGCUUUGCAGAGGAAUUCAUGGUUGAUAAAGCCAUUUACCUUUCCGGUUACCGGAUGCGAUUAGGGUCUAGCACGGACAAGAAGGACUCGGGCCGCCUCCACGUGGACUUCGCCCAGGCCAGGGACGACUUCUACGAAUGGGAAUGCAAGCAGAGGAUGCGCGCACGCGAGGAGCGGCACCGGCGCAAGCUGGAGGAGGACCGGCUGCGGCCGCCCUCGCCGCCCGCGAUCAUGCACUACUCGGAGCACGAGGCCGCCCUGCUGGCCGACAAGCUGAAAGAUGAUAGCAAGUUUUCAGAGGCUAUCACAGUGCUACUCUCCUGGAUUGAGCGAGGGGAAGUUAAUCGGCGUUCUGCCAACCAGUUCUAUUCCAUGGUGCAGUCAGCCAAUAGCCACGUCCGCCGGCUGAUGAACGAAAAAGCCACCCAUGAGCAGGAGAUGGAAGAAGCCAAGGAGAAUUUUAAAAAUGCCUUAACUGGAAUCCUCACCCAAUUUGAGCAGAUUGUGGCCGUUUUCAACGCUUCUACCAGACAAAAAGCUUGGGACCAUUUCUCGAAAGCUCAGCGCAAGAACAUAGACAUUUGGCGAAAGCAUUCUGAGGAGCUCCGGAACGCUCAAAGCGAGCAGCUUAUGGGUAUCCGCCGCGAAGAAGAAAUGGAAAUGUCAGAUGAUGAGAAUUGUGACAGCCCGACUAAAAAAAUGAGAGUCGAUGAAUCAGCCCUGGCUGCUCAGGCCUACGCUCUGAAAGAGGAGAACGACAGUCUGCGCUGGCAGCUGGACGCCUACAGGAACGAAGUGGAGCUGCUGAAACAGGAGAAAGAGCAGCUUUUCCGAACGGAGGACAACGUCACCAAGGACCAGCAGCUCCAGUUCCUGCAACAGACCAUGCAGGGCAUGCAGCAGCAACUGCUGACCAUCCAGGAGGAGUUAAACAACAAGAAGUCGGAAUUGGAACAAGCAAAGGAAGAGCAGUCGCACACGCAAGCAUUACUUAAAGUCCUCCAGGAACAAUUAAAAGGUACCAAGGAAUUGGUCGAGACCAACGGCCACAGCCAUGAGGACACAAAUAGAACUUCGUAUGCCAGAUCCACUGCGCAUCAGCCCUCCAGCCACUUAGUUCUUGGAAUAUUUCUCGCAUCGCACAUGCGAGAACACAGAGGAGAGAACUGGACUCUGGUGUGUUGGAGAGGGGAGACAAUUGAGUGUUUACUGAGAUAGUGUGCCUGGCCAACCUUGCGAAGUUCAUUUUACGUAAAUAAUAAUGAAAUGUCUUUCUCAUUUAUCAGAUUGCAUCCCAUCUAUUCUCAUGACCUAAUUUACCGCCAUAAAGGUCAAAAAACUCUGAAUUUUAAUAUUAUCAUUAGUAACGUAAACUCAGCAGGUGAAAAUUAUGAUAGUGGGUGCUUUGUAGCGGAGAAAAAUAAGAAAUGUCAUACUGAGAAAUGGACUGGGAAAAUAACAUGCCAGGAGCACCAUAAUACAAUUAAUCUUUACCAGCAAUAGAGUCAGUAUCAUACAAGAUAAAUCAAACCAACUAAUUCUGGAUGCACAUACAUACAUUUAAAACUAGUUCGCUUUAGUUUCUUCUGUUUGCUCCUCUGUUUUUAUUGGUUAAGGAGAUUUUUCAUGUCAGUACGUUUGCAGGCUAUGAAGGGUAUGUGCUUGCAUAGGCAGAGCAGCGUGGGGGACAUUUUUUACACACUGAAGAGAAACACACAACUGUGUUUGAGGCCAAGUGUGUUUGGGAACACCUACAAAUGGCGUAUAGCAAAACUAAAAAUAAACUACUACAGCUUACACUUUAAAUAAUGAACGGAGUUAUCAGAACACAAAGGAAUGUUUUCCCACCUUUAGAUCAUUGGUAUUUAAUAUGACUGUCACAAGACUAUGCCAAAAGAAAGCCACUCAUUUGCCAGGUCGAGACCACGGUCUGAGCAUGGUGUGAACUGUCAUAGCCGUAAUUAAGUUAUGAUCCAGGCAGCAGUGACGCUCUUACUAUUUAAUGGGAAACAUUACAAAAUUGAAAUUAGUCUUUCCCGUCAAAGUCUCCGUUCUCUUAUUAAAAGUACAUGUGGGAGAAUCCCUAUUUUUCAAAUAAGAGUCAGAUAUGUAUACAUGUGUGUGUAUAUAUACGUAUACGUGUGUGUAUAUUAUGUUCUAGAGAGAGAGAGGGGAGGGUUAUAUAUGAGAUAUAAAGGGUAAAUAUCUGAAUGUUAAUAAUGCUUAUGUCUGGAUAGGCAAAUUUGAGUUAAUUUCUAUUUUCUUCUUAUAUUUUAUAACUUUUCUCCACUGAAGAGAUGUAUAUAUCAAAUUUUGUAUUGAAAUAAAAACAAGAGAAGUUAUUAACUAAGAAUUAAAGCAAACUGGAGAACUGUCUUAAGUUUGGGAAAGGAAAGGAGAAGAACAAGGUUAUAAGCUUAUCGUGGUCUCCAGAAGAGUGAAUAUUUAAAUUCAAAAUAUAUCGAAGGCAUUAAUAAUAGAUGCAAACGAAAAAUUCACUUUUUACCUUCUUCAAUCCAAAAUAGUGAAGAAAUGAUUUUACUUUAAAAUGAUGCUACAGCAAAUGCAUUUAGAAACUGAAAGAAUGCAAAAUAGCCAAAGCGACUGCACUGGCUUUUUCACUGUCCCCUGCAAUAUAUUCCUCAAAGUCUUCUUGUAAGUCACCCCAGGCCAAGCGUCCCGACCAGAGCCUAUGACGACCGGUUAGUUUCACCUAUGAUUACGCUGUAUCUGUGUGGUAAUAGAUUGAUCCGAUUGAUUUAAUUCACAACUUACUAGAGUCCACUCGUUACUCUUUCAAAAGAUACUGGUUGCAGGUACACUAUGUACAAGGGACUGUUCCAGGUGCCGAGGACGUUGUUCCUGUGUCGCGAAAGGAUUAAAGGUAGAGCAGUCUCUCUGAGUCUGGGCAACUCGCGAUGGUGACAGGGAGCCUUGGUAAUAACUUCUGCUGGGACAGCAGGUGUGCGCUGGGACUGUGCAGGAGGGAGAGAGACGCAAGGUGGGCUGGAAAGUCAUUCCCGGCCCAACCGCUCUCCUGAGCUCAUGCGCCAUAUUUCCAGCUGCCUUUCCGAGGCCUCACAUCUGGUAUUUCUAAAUUAUUGGAGCCUGUACUUCUCAUUCUUUGUGCCCUCUGAUUCUAGUAUCAUUAUUCUGCUAGUCAUCCGGACUUCACUUAUUUAACUCUCUUUUAACUCUCCUCUUUCCUCUGUUUCACACACGGAAGCUGUCCAUUCUCCCUUUAGAAUGGCUUCCGUGUCCCCUCGUCCAAAGAAAGUCUGUCACCACCUAACGACAGCAGGCAGCCGCGCCCCAUCCCUGCUAACGCUGCUCCUUGGCCAAGCCCCUGCUGGCCUUCUGCCUUGCUUCGCUUUGCUUUCAUGACUAUGCAAGAGCCAAUCUGGCUCCGGAUGGGCAAGGCCUGUAGGCAGCGCUCAGAAGAGGAUUUGAUCCUGGUGUUCAACGGGCAUUUCUCAGUUGACGAGGAUUGUAAUAGGUGCCAGGAGGCCGUUCGAGAGAGGCAGCCUCGCACAGUAAUUAGGACUCUGGAGUGAGACAGCAUUGAUUCGAAUAUGACAUCUGCUGCUUCCUGGUUGUGUGAUCUUUGGCAAGUCAUUAGCUUCUGUAUGCCUCACUUUCCUCGUCUGUAAAAGGGGAAUGCAGUAAUACCUCAUAGGGCUGUUCUAAGGAUUAAAUGAGUUCACAUUAGUAAAGUUCUUAUAAUACUGGCUGCAUGUAGUAAACACUCUAUAGUAUUUAUUAAAUAAAUAUAACCAGGAAUGACCAGAAAAGAAGGCUACCAGGAGAAAUACUGUAUCUGGAUAGCUCUGGCACCUAAACCACACGGAGCUUUCACCUGUCCUUCUUAAAAGGGUCCACUUAACAGCCUGCAACCAGUUCUCACCUGUCUUAAUCUUUGCAAUUGGAAAUCUUAGAAAACGCAGUUCCUGGAGCCUCUGAGGACACAAUGCAUGCCCUCUGGGUCCAACAGUGGAAUCCCAAGGAGAUGGGACAUCUCGGCAGGUCACAGGGGGAUGCACUGCGAGGCAGCUAACCGCAGGAGCCCUGCAUGUCUGCUUCCACAUGGUCUCUCUGAGGCUCCCCUCAUGCAGACCCUGAUCAUCAGGCUUCUGAGGAAGGGGCACAGGUCAGUGAGCGCCCAUGACCCUUGGGGCUGGCGGCACCAAGCUUCAGCAAGUGGGAAGAUUAGCAAGGACUUGCGACUUCCUACCCACAGAAAAAUUCCCUAGAUCCCGCUCACUCUUGGGGACCGAGGCAUUCUUACUUUCCUUUGAACCAUAAGAAAAUUUGAAGCUUCCUCAGGUACUCCUUCUCCUCCGUCCUUUUCUCAUCCAUAUGUUUCUUCACUGCUUUUCUCCCUCUGCUUCCUCUUUCCUCUCUAAACGAAAUCCAGGAUAAGUACAUGUUGUCUGUACCGACUUGGCUGCCUUAUCCUGAAGGGAAGUUCCAAGUCAGGGAAAAGGACACAGAGCAGGCAGGGGAUUCUGGUGCAAGAGGACGCUGCAGAGAUUGUGUGCUUCAAAUCCCACUUUUUACGAACAAAUAAUGAAACAAGGGCACACGGCAAGUCAGUAGCAAUUAGAACCAGUCUUCUGUGUCCAGAUCCAUUUUUUCCACUCUCCCAGACCAUUAUUUAGGGGCCAUUCCCUCAUUUGUCAGCCACUGGGCACCUGCUCCGUGAUAGCCACUGGCCCAUCAAGAAAAGUGUGAAAGGCGCCUCCAUUCUCUUCCCUCCCCUGACCACAGUUACAAUCUUCUGAGGAAUAGCUUGACAGUUAUUGGAGACUGUCAUGUCACUUGAUGGAUUGCCGUCAGUACUUAGAAAAAAAACGUGAGUAAAGGAUAUUGAAGUAGCUGAUUAGCAUCUUGACUAUGGUCUCCAGGGCCCCUCGAUUCACAGGGUGUGAUGUUCAAUAGCAGGGCUUAGGAGCAAACAGCAAAACAAGGCCCCGGAACAAGGAAAACAGGGAAGGAAUGCGAGCCUUAUGGUGCGGUGCUGGCAGAUGGGAGGUGACGCGGUGAAUCUUUGCCCUGCUGAUCUUGACGACUGUCCCACUCACCUUCUACUAGUGGCUAUAGAGCCCACCAGCCCUCGGAGUGCCACAGGGGAGUCACACGGUGAAGGUCUCGCUACUCAGUGUGUGGGGAGGGAUGUCACUCAUUAUGGUAUUCAGUGAAGUAGUCAGCUCUUACUGGCUGUGCUGUACCAUUUUGUCAUCUAUAUGUCACUGGCUCCUUUGUAUUUCUUUUUAGAUUAUCAGGAUAGUGGUAUAGUAAGACAACCUCAAACAUUUAGAAAAUAGAAAAUAUGCACAGUUUGAAUGCCCCCACAGUCACCACUUUUGCCUACGCGUUUUCAUAUAAUGGCAGUCAAGGUCUUAUACAGAAUUCUUGCACGGAUUCGGUACCCCAGGUAUGCAUUAUACACCUGUUCUGUAUCCAUUCAGUCCUGAGAAUAAUAAAAGUGAAGACCGAUGAUAGAAAUGAUGCCACAGUAUAUAUUUCUUGACGUUUACAGUUCAAAAGCACUGUCUCACAUAGGACAUUUGGCUUUCACAGCAACUUUGGGUCCUUAUCCAUGUUUUACAUAAGAGAAAGCUAAGUUGAGCCUAAAGUUAACAUACAUAAUGGUGACAGAUUGAGAACACAGGUUCCAUCAGCCACGCUGCCUCACUUGCUUGGAAAUGGUGACUGCCCUAAAGGCGUUGAUGAUUUUGCUGAAAAAACAAAGUCAGAUGAGUCAGUUCUAUCAAAACGUAUAAAUGAUCAACUGCCACAUAAGUGACAUAGAAAAUGUGCAGCGAUAAGGAAAACUUGCAAACAGCCUGGAAGAAAGGCCUCUGAGAGAUAAGGGACGUGUACUAUGUGUAAAAUGUAAGCAGGAAGUGAUGAAGAAAAGGGAGGAGGCUUUCUAAGGCUUUCGAAGAACAUAUGUGGACAUAAUAUAUACAGAAGACGGGCUAUUUUUGGUAGGAUUGAACCAGAAAUGCCAGAUCUGAUCUGACAUCUUCCCAUAGGGCAUCAGAAAGCAUCCAAGUUUUAAACUGGAGAGUGACAAAGUGAAAGUGGCAUUUUAGAUAACUGGUCUGGUAACCUCAUGUAAGAUAGAUUGGAAAAGGAAGAGACCAGAGAAGGAGACAAAGUAGGAGGUUCUCGCGGUAGUCAAAGAACUGAUAGCAGAGUGCCAAUAGUAGAGAUGGGAAGGGGCCAGGAGAGACAUUGCACAGAGAGCUGAUAGAAUUCGGAUCUAGAGAGAUCUUAGAAGCACUUAGGGGACAGGAGAGAAAAAAAUCAAAAUAAGAUGAAUAUUCCAAGCCCCUGCAGGUGGAAGAAUGAUGGUCCUACUAAUAGAUAUGGAAAAGUUAGAAGAGGCUGCAGCCUGACAGGUGAGAUGAAUUGGAUUUUAGAGAAUUUUGGAAGACCCACAUCAGGCAGGACCGGAGCUCAGACUUUUUUUUUUUUUAAAUGAGGACAUUUGCUUAAAUGAAGCUUUACACAGAAGUCCUGGGUUCGAAAACAGAAGAAAGCAGUAAAUGAGUGGGAAUUCUAGAGGUCUGCCCUUGGAACCUUCCACAUCACCUCUGUAGAGCCGAUAGGACUCCCUCGAGCAUUAUUCAGAGAUGACUACUCCGCCCAGCACCCUCAUUUGUAGACAAUUGAUCUGAGGCUUGUAGAGGUUAAGUAACUUGCCCAAGGUCAACCAGUUGUUAGUGGAAGAGUCAAGGCUAAAACUCUAGUCUGUGGUGCGUUUUGUGCCACCUCAUGGCCACCCUCACGCUGGAUUCAAGCUGGGUAGUGGCAGAUUCAAGCCGACAAGCCCAGUGGUCAGCCAGUGAAAAGAAUGGAAGUUAAAGAGUUCAGUGUGAUGACAGUUGAACCCAGGAGAAUGAAAGCCCUCUGGUAAAAGGGAGUAGAGAAGAGAAAGUGGCGACUGAACUCUGGCAAUUCCCAAAGUUAGAGUAUAAGAGGAACAAAGUAACGCCCUUCUCCAUGUGUAAUGGGCCAGCAGAGGGAAUUUAAAAACCAGUGAAAACUAAACAAACUUUAGGAGGAAAAGGACCAGGACCUUUUCUGUAACAGGAGCAAGUGUGACAGAUGUCGGCGAUGUCAGACAUCACAUGGUAAGAGACCGAGAAAAACAGUCACUGAGAAUCUUUCAAAGGACAGCUUCAUGGGCUGAUGGAUGAGAAAGUGGAGAUUUCAGGUGGGAAGGCAGUAGACACAGUGGGUGUAUACCACAUAUUCAAGCAGCUUUGUAAUAGCAAAGAAAUAGCAGCAAAGUUAAGGAUUAAGGUCACGAGAAUAAUGAAAUGAAAGGAAUAACAAAAGGAGUCUAUGAAGCUGGAGAAGCCAUGUUCUUGGUUCUUAGGGGUUUGGUGGAUGGAGGGGAACAAAAACAAAACAACAGGGACACUUCUAGAUCAGCAAAUUAUUGAGAAAGAGCUUUUCUACACGGAUCAAUUCCUUUGGUCAUUCCUCAAAGUGAUUGACAAGGAUUCUUAGAGGAGAAAUUUCUGCCUUCAAGCAGCUGACUCUUAAAAAGUCUUUGAAAAAGUCCAUGAUAUCUAGUUUCCAGUUAUUGAAAACCUCUUCUUCCAGCUCUGUAAUGAUUCCUUCUAAGUGUCACAGAAAUUAGAGUUAAAAGGUGGGCUGAGAAAAGAUUUGUUAGAUAAUCGUGUCCCUUCUCUUGCCAAGUGCAGAAUUGUUACCCAUUGGGCAUUUUGUAGACUGGAGGGCUUUUUACUGUGUCAAGUGAAUGGUGUUUCCACCACUUGCCUUGGAAUACUAUUUCAUAAUCCUAUUGAUCUCACUGCGAAGAGACUUGGGAUCCCCAUCCUCAUGUUCUUUCCUACUGUAUACUUGAUAUACCAUUAACAGUUUGUCCUUAGUAACCUUCUCGUAAUCCUGUCUCCUCUUAUCCACAUCUAGUUUGCAGUCUUCAGGCAUCUGAAACCCCGUCUCCCUAACAUCUAGGAGACACAUAAUUCUUCAGGGCUUGUCACAUCAUCAGGGUAGAGGAUUUCGAUGUGAUAAAAGAUAAAGCGUCUUCAUCAUUUUACGUUUCUAAUGACGAAACUUUUCUAUUCUGAGAAGGUCCCUUCCAUUUUCUAGAGAUGUGGGCUGAGAGGGAAUAAUAAAAGCAGUGAUAUUUUUAAGAAAGGGGCAAAGCCUUUCUAACUUGUGAUCUAAUGUCCCAGUAAAAAAAAAAAAAAAGUGUCCCUGAUUACUUAAUAGCUACGUUGGAACAUCCUCAGUGGAGAACAUGAAAUUCAUAGGUGGAGUCAUAGACUUCAGCCACGUUUCUUCCAGAGUUAGAGAUGAAGCAUACACUGGUUAUGGCCUCUGAUACCCUUGAAAUCAUAUUCUUGAAAUGUACUCUUUUUUUGACUAUUUUUUAUUUACUAUCUAUUUACUAAUAGUGUUUCCUAUUAUGGCCGAUUUGUGCCUAAUGUGAUGGGUUGUUCUCAGAAAAGGUUUUGGCAAGCCCUCUUUUGAGGACUUUGGGCCACCAAGCAGCCAUCCCAGGCUUCACCAGAUUUAUCCUCAUGGAUCCAACAACCUGAUCAUUGCCCCACAGAGGUGCCCAGAUGGAAGCUCAUGCAGUGGGCUAUGUGACAGGAGAGGAACCCUGAGCUUGGGGAAUCCACCUCUUCCAUAUCAAGUAGUAAGCCAGACUUUUCUUUGUCCCCGAAGGAGGGGACAUGAAGGUUGCUGGCUGCAAACACAAAUGGCCUACAGAAAGAGCUGUCCGGGCCUUGCUUCUAAGCUCAAAAGCCUCUACAUCCUAUUUUUCUCCAAAAUAUCUUGACAAGAUGUCAUGGAAUACUGAAGUUCAACAUUUCCAACCUUGGAGGCAUCAUCUCCUAUACUUGCUGUUUUCCGGUUCACCAAGGUACUUGCUCGUCCUUACAUUUACUCAUCCACCAGGCCAUCAGAUUUUUUUAGUUCUACCUCUUAAGUAGCUCUUACACUUUGCACUCUACACACCACUGACGUGGUUUUGAACCCUUAUCAUGAAAAGUAAACAAUAAACAGGCUAUUUGCAGUAGACCCCAACUUGGCAUCCCUGCCUCCAAUUUCCUUUCCCUCCGAACGAUUUUCCUAACAUGCGGAAUCACUCACGUAACUCCUCUGCUGAACAACCUUCAGUACUUAAGCUUUCCAAGUAAAAUCCAGACUCCUUAUCAUCUACUUUUCCAGCUUCAUCUACCGACAUUUCCCAUAAGCUUUCUUACAGACCUUUUAUAAAAGACUUGCUUGCCGACCCCGGGGCGGGGGGGGGGGGUGGGUGGCACACACUUCUUGACACUUUAGACUCAGUAUCCUGAACACAUUAGCAUUACUUGGCAUACAGUAGGCAUAUAAUACACGUAUGCAGCAUAAAUAUUCAUUGGAUGGCUGAACAGAAAACCGGGCUUAGCUGAAAAUGCGACAGAGGUGUGACUUGGGAAAUUAUUUAGUCCCACAUUCUCUCUGUAUUCUUUGCCUCAACCAGUCAUGAUGAAGGAGCUCUUGUGACAAACAUUGGAUGAUCAUUUAGAUUUGUAGGCACUAAGGGGAAACAUGGAAAGAGGGGAUAGAGGUUGCAAAUAUGCUGCUUUGUUUUUUGUUUUAAUUAAUUUAUUUAUAUUUCAUUUUAUUUUCUUUUAAUUCCAGAGUAGUCAGAUUCAGUGUUGCAUUGGUUUCAGGAGUGCAAUAUGGUAUUUCAGCAGUUCCAUACAUCACCCAGUGCUCAUCAUGACAGGCGUACUCCUUAAUCCCCAUCACCUAUUUCCCAUCCCU